GUUGGCGGGGGAGGGUGUCUCUGACGAAAGCAUCCGUUAAAAAUGCGCCCAGUGGUUUUUAAAAUUGUUUACGUUUUGUGAAUUGCCGCCGAUAGUAAUUACACCCUCCAAUGAUAAUUGACAAUUGGGGUUUUAAAAUGAAUUAGUGCUAGUUCCGGGAAAUUCACUCGAGUGCUGAGAAUUUUGUCAUUGAACGUCAUAAAAAAUGGAAUUCCCAUCCCUCCAAUUCAGUGAAAUGUGAGGUUAUGAGUGUUCGAAUCACAAAGACACAAAACUUGAGGAUUAUUUUGAUUGUUAGUCAAAUAAUUAGUUGUUAAAAUGUGUGAACAAGUGGGGAUUGAUGACUGCCACAGUAUCACCUCGAGGUACAGAACUCUCCGGAAAAGAUUGGAGAAUCUUGGGUACAGGCAGUCACUACCAGUGGAUGCACUGUCACUUGUGGAGCGAUUAUUAGGGGAUUUGAUUCAAACAACUGAAAGUCUGAGGCAUUUCAAAGCUAUUGCAGAGGACAAAAUCGAGAUCUCGAGUCCCCAAGAGUUCUCAUUGGAUCCCUACAAGUGCGACAACGCUAAGCUAGUCCAAGAGUGCAAUAAACUCCACGCAGACUUGAUAGAAGCCAAGGACAGUCACCUCAAACAAACCAAAGAUCUCAAGAGAAAAAUCAGUCAGCUGGAGACUGAAUGCAACGAUCUCCAGUUAGCCUCCUCCAGGAACCUCAAACGUAUAAAAGAUCUUGAGGUGGAGUCGUCCAGCAAGUCCAAGAGGAUUCAAGAACUCCUAGGAAAAUGCUGUAAACCAACAAUCAACAAUUGUAGUCUCUCAGCAAAACGAAAAUCAGUGUUUCCCCUGAGAAAACCUGUACUCGAUGGGGAUGUGCUCACUCCAGAGCUGUUGAAAGGAUCCAUAUCCCCGGGGAGUCUCAGCAAGGUUCACCCCGAGGUUCUGGACCUCGUGACCAUGGGAGACAGGAAGAUAGCUUCAUUGGGCCUCGAAGUAACAAAGCUAAAGGGAGAACUGGCACUGCAGUGCGAUAAUGUUCAUACCCUGAAGACCCAACUGGCGCUCAAGGGAAACGAAAUCAACAGAUUGAGGAAGUUGCUGGAGGGGGGCAGGCCCUAUCUGGCAGUCUCCAAAGACUGCAGCUGCAGGCAAACUGAAGCGAGUUGCAUCCAGUGUAAUUCGAAUAGAAAGACUGCCAGAGGAGGUGAAGGGUCUUGGAAUGAGGUCAAGGUACUGCAGCAGGUGAAGUUGAAUUUGGAAGAACAGUUGAAAGAGGCCCUGGAGAAGCAGCACGACGCCAUGUCUCAGGCGAUGAAGUUGGCGGAGAGGAACGAGGAGCUCGAGAAAGAGUUGAGGGAUAUCGAUCACAUCGCCCUAGCUGUCGAGGCUGACUGCAAUUCCACAGUUAAGGAGAAUAAUCGGAGGGUCAGCCAGCUUCAGGAAAGGUAUGAGACAGCUAUGACGAAGAUCAAUCACUUGGAGAAUGAGUUGUUGGUGGAGAAAAGGGCAUCACAGGAACUCAGGGCUGAUCUGGAGGCCUGCAGGUUGGAAAAGAGGAAUCUGCAGAGAAUUGUAGACAGCUCUACGGAGGAGAAGAAGAAAUUGACUGAUAGAAUUAAUGAGCUGACAUUAAUAGAGGAGUCCCUCAAUGCCGAGAUUGAAAGAUUGUCUCGACUUAACGAAACACAGAAGCAUGAACUUGCACAAUUGGAGUAUGUGAAUGAGUCUCUGAAGAUGCAAAUGGGCAGUUCUCAGGGCAUUAAUAACAGUAGUUCUAGGAGGUCGAAGGACGAAGAUGAUAAGAUUACUAAAACUCUGGGAAAAUGUUCUAAGAAAAAAAAUGGUACUUUGGUUAAAGGUUCCAAGGUUCAGAGGACAUCACUCUCACCCCCGAUUCAAGAUAAGCGAAGCUCUGGUUUAGAAUCGAUGAGGGCAUUGAUUCAAGAGAAAGACGGGAAGAUUUCUGAGCUGCAGAAAAUGCUCGAUCAACAUCGGAAGGAGACUGAUUACUGUAAGGAGGAGAUGGAGAGACUAAAGAGGGAUACACGGUCUGAUAAUGAACUUUGGAGCCAGAUUUGCGAUCUCAAGCAUCGGUUAAAUGAGAAAGAAAUGAGAAUAACUGAACUCCAGAGGGAGAAGAGGGAGUUGUGCCGGGAAAAAUAUGAAUUAGAAUCAAGACUACAGGGAUGCAGAAAUCGCUCCAGCCCUUGUAAAACGUGUAAUGAGUGCAGAUCGGUGGGGCCAUGUGUUUGUCUCUCCCUGUCACCAAGGCCAGAGACCGGAGGAUCGAAGGUGUUAUAUUCACGACUAGAACGUGAAAGAGACACAGCACGAAGUGACGUAGAGCGUUUGAUCGAAGAACGAGACAUACUGAGGGAAAGAUUAAAGAUGGCCACUGAAGCCCACACCUAUGAGCAACGUCGAUUAAGGGAUAACGUGCGAGAGUUGGAGAGUCGACUCAAGGAAAUGGAGAGGGAAAGACAAGAACUUUUAGUUGCCCAGGGAUCGAGACGAACAGCUAUUGCUGGGGUUGAGGGCCAGCUUGAAGAAGCCAGGGAGGAGCUCAGGAGGACGAAACAGGAAUUGGUGAGCCAGAGGACUCAAUAUUUCCAACUGAGGGCACUGCAAGAUCAAACGGAUCAAGCGCUGGGUGACGUGCAGAGUCAACUCAGUCAAUCGGAGAGUGAACAGUCGAAGGCUAAGGAACGAAAUAGGUGUCUGGAGCAGCAGCAGUUGCAGUUAGAUAGUCAGGUGAAGGAGCUCAAGCAGGAGAUCAAUACGCUUCGUACUAAUAUGGCACGAUUGGAUCAGGAGAAAGAUCAAUUACUGAUGGAAUUAGACAAUAAAACCGAACGAAUCGCAGCUCUAGAGCGUGAGAUAAUCUCUAAGGAGCAACAAACGAUAGUCACUGAACAGCAACUGCGAGAUGUCCAGCACAAGUACCAGAUUUGCAUGGAUCAGAGUGCUGAGCAAGAGCGUCAGCUGCGGUCCAUGCAGAUGGAGAUGGAGAAUCACCAGAGGCAGUUGGCAGCGGCCUCGGCAGAUCGUGACAACGCAGCGCAGGAGAAUCGUCGCCUCCAGGACGACCUGGCAGCCCUCACUUGUGAAAUUCGAACGCUUCAACGAGAGCUCGAGUCUUCGCGAGCUGAAUCGUACGACCUGAAGCGUCAGUUGCAGACGUAUGUCAGCGAAGUGCGAAGAGCUGAGGAGUUGCUGAAUCGAAAGGAGAACGAGAGAACAGAGAUGCUGAAUCACUUCCGGAGUUUGAGCCUGGAGGCAACUGUCCUCGAGAACAAUAAUCACAGUCUGGAGAGUGAAGCUGCUGAGGCUAGAGGGGCUCUGCAGUCCGCCAGGGACAGAAUCGUAGAUUUGGAACGACAAUUAGCCGAUAAAGACUGUCUCGUUCAUGGGUAUGAGGCCCAAAUAACUGAAUUAACGCAAAAUGUCGCGAGCCUGGAGACGCAGGUACGACAGCAGAGUGAGCAAAGGGCACGCACUGAGGCCGAUCUCAACGCCGUGAGGGAUCUCUGUGUCAAACUGGACCAGAAGAAGGAGAGUUUGGUGAAGGAGCUGGGGGAUAAGGAUGCCAUCAAAUCACAGUAUGAGUCACAGAUUGCCCGACUGCGAGCUGAACAGAAUAUUGUUCAGGAGCAGAUGAACCGAGAUCAUGUCACUGUUGACAGAAUGCAGGAUAUGCUAGAUCAGGCAAGACAGGAGAGCAUCGAUUGUCAAGCGCAUAAUCAAGAAUUGCAGAAUGAAAUGACCAGAAUGAAGCAGAGAGUUUCUGAAUUGCAAAAUAAAUUAUCGGCAGAAUCAGCAGAGCUUCGCAGACACCAGAAUCAAGCUGCCGAGUACAGUAAACAGAUCAGUGAACUCCGACGACAAGUAACGAACGAGCGAUUCGAUCGCGCCAGGAAAGAGGAGGAGCACAGAAGAUCAUUGAACUCGACGCCUGAGAGUUUAAACUUCGACUUGAACGUCGUCAUUUAGGAUAGAAUUACGAAUAGAUUCCGAUGAUGCAGAAGGCAUUGAAUUAUCUGUUCCAUAGAUUGUAAAAGUUGAAUUGAAUUUUUUU